UUGGUGACGUCACCGGCUUGUUGUGGGAGAAGGCUAGAGGAAGAUGGCGGGGUCCAAGGUGAAGCAGGACAUGCCUCCCCCAGGAGGCUAUGCUCCUUUCGACUACAAAAGAAAUCUUCCGAAACGCGGACUCUCGGGCUAUAGCAUGUUCGGGAUUGGCAUUGGCCUCAUGGCUUUUGGAUACUGGAGGAUGUUUAAGUGGAACAGAGAGAGAAGGCGCUUACAGAUUGAGGAAAUGGAAGCCAGGAUAGCUAUAAUGCCGCUGCUGCAGGCCGAACAAGACAGAAGGACCUUACGGAUGCUGAGGGAGAAUUUAGAGGAGGAGGCUAUUCUCAUGAAGGACGUCCCAGGUUGGAAGGUCGGUGAGAGCGUCUUCCACACUGAACGCUGGACAGCCCCUCUAUCAGAGGAGCUUUUCAACCUCCGACCCCGUGAGGAGCUUUUGCAAAAGCGUUUUGGUUUCUUGUCGUACAUGUAAGCAUCAGUGUCCAGAGCUCCACCAACAGCUGCCACCUCCUGGACCUAAGCCCUUGCUCAAUACAGAUUGUAAAUGUUCAAUAUUAAAGUAUCUUUUUUUCUGUACACUA